AAAAUGUAUUGUAUAUUUGAUUAAACUAAAGUAACUUAACACAAAACCUCUGAAUAUGAAUUUAUAUCGAAGCAGGUGGAAAAAGUUUUCCUUUCAGACAUACGCAGUCCUUGCAAUCUUUUUGGCCUUAGCUUUAGUGCAAUGGAUGGUGGUGGCCUGGCUGUGGGUAUACUUUCUAUAGAAUCAAUUAUGUAUUUUCUUGUGUAUGUCCUCUUGCAGGGAACUUUUACGAUCUACUUUCUAUCGUUUUGACGUUAUCUGCUCGGCCACCUUUUUGGUAAGUAGCACAAUUUUCAUAACGUUUGCUUUAAAUGAAAAUGUGCGAAGCCAAAAGUAUUUAAAAUGGAUCCUGUCAUUUCUGAUAGUAAGUUAUCUGUUUGAUUUCCAUAUAUUUUAUGGAAAUAUAUUUUUUUGUAUCCUCAAGGUGGAGCUGCUUAUAUUUUCCAUGUUUGUGCUAGUGGUUCGAACUUGGAUUCCAGAUCUCGUGGCAUUCUAUUUUAUAUGUUUGCUUCUAGUGAUUGUAGCACUCAUUAUCGGUUGUCAUCUAUCGUUCUCGAUGGAUUUGACCAAGUCUAUAGCUUCGCUGUUUAUCUUGAGCUUUAUAUUUCUCGCAAUCUCGAUUUAUUUUCUGGUUGCACAUCAUUUUUUAAAAGCUAUGCUGCCAUAUGCAUACCUGAUGUUUGAGCUUUGUGUGAGCGCAGUCAUGUUAAUGUUCAUCAUGGUGCAUGCACAAACAAUUAAAGGAGAUCGAUUUAUCCAAAUGAACUUGGAUGAUUUCGUAUUGGCUGCCUUGCUAAUUUUCCACGAGUUUCUGGCCAUCUACGCAAUGACUUUCUACUGGCAGAUCAACAAUAACUACUUCACAUCCGAAAAAUUCCUCUGGCUGUCGACAAGUACCCAUCAAUAUGGCGUUACAGCCGCCAUAACUCCUGAUUAUGAUGACUAUGAUUUUAAACCAGACUUGGAGGCUUGGCAAAUUUCCAAUGAAUCAAGUUUUGACUGGGCUGCUGAAGAAUGGACAAUAAAAGACAAAUGACAUGAAAUGAAAUGAAAAUAAAA